AUGGACGGUUACAAAAUGGAAACGAUUCUUGGUGGUCGAGCUCCAACUCAACAAUUAUUUCACAAGCAAUCAGGAGCGGGUGGCGCAUGGGAGAUUCAUGGUCCACAACCAGCCAUUUUUAAAUGUGUUGAUCAAGGUCUGUUUCAUGGAGAUGUGUUGGAUAUUGGAUCAGGUGUUGAGGAUAAUGCCCAAUAUAUAGCCACACACAGUAACUCCAACGUUAUUUGUAUUGAUAUGGUUCCUCUAGCUCUUCAAGUAACAAAAGCCCACCUGGCCAAUGUCUCUGAAUCAAAUCGUCAGUUUGCUCUUGUUAAUAUUCUUGAACCAACUGACUCGUCGAGUCGACUAUAUAAUCAUCUAUUUGAUGUUAUUUUGGAUUCCAAUCUUUUCCAUUGUUUUUCAGAUGAACAUCGUUUAGUCUACAUGGAACGAUUGAAACAGUUAGUCAAGCCAAAUGGUCUCUACAUUCAACUCGUUUUCAGUGAAAAAGAAACAUGUACAGAUAGACCAAAAAGAAUCAGACAAGCAGAUAUUGAACAACUGUUUUCACAACAGAAUGGCUGGUAUAUUGAAUCAAUGGAAGACGUCUUCUAUGAUACCACUGCUAAUAUUAUAGAUGGUCAAGGACGUGUUUAUUUGACAUUAGUCGGACGAAUAUAA